CUCUCUCUCUCUCUCUCUCUUUCCAUUGCCAUACUCUCAAAACCUUCCACUAUACCAAUCAUCAUGUUCAUCUCCUAGCCUUUCCACUCCAGUUACUGAUACCUCCAAAUGAUUUCUAAAACUUUAGUACAACCCACCAUGAUCCAUCCUCCUCAAAGGCUCGUUAGAAUCAUCCUCACAGACGCCGACGCCACUGAUUCUUCCAGCGAUGAAGAGUCCUAUCACCAUCACAACAGCAACAACUCUGCACGACAAGUCAAAAGAAUCGUCAAAGAAAUCAACCUUCAACUCUCUCCUCCUUCACAAUCCCCACCUCCCUCUACAAAUCAACCCUCCAGAAAGAAGAAACCCACAAAGCUCAAGUCAACGGUAGGUGACGUCACUGCCUGCAAAAAGUAUAGAGGAGUCCGCCAGCGACCUUGGGGCCGUUGGGCCUCCGAGAUCCGAGACCCGACCAGAAGAAAACGGGUCUGGCUUGGUACUUAUAAUACGCCUGAAGAAGCUGCUACUGCUUAUGAUAAAGCAGCACUGAAGCUAAAGGGUGCUGACGCCGUUAUAAACUUUCCUAACUCCGUUUCAACGGAAUCCAUUGUUGUCGGUCAAAAGCAUAAAGUUGAAGUCGAAGAUCAAUCACUUAACAGUAGUUCUGCUCCUUCGCCCACUUCUGUUUUAUGUUACGACCAGUUAACUCCGUUCGAUAACGGGUUGGGUUGCGGUGACAUUGACGUUGACGUUGACGCUGACGUUUUCGGUUUCGAUUUCGGUUUCGAGAUUGACGCGCCGUUAAGUCUGCCUGAUUUUGUGUCGUCGGAGAAAUACUUUGGGGAGGAUGAGUUUAGCGAGUUUAACGUUGACGAAUUUUUAGUGGAAGACGUGCUAUAA